UCAGACUUGUUGAACAGACAAGAGAAAGAGGGAAGUGAUCAGUCAGAAGGUACUGAAGAUUCCUUGUGUUUAAAAACGCUUCAAGAAACAGACAUGGCUGCGGAAAAGACCGAAACGUGCUACCAAGACUGCUGCGUCGAUAGCUUUAUGUUUUAUUUGGAGCACUCCGGAGAGCACCAAGCCAUCCUGCAGUGCGUCAACAGCGUCCUACCUGAAGAGUUCAAGAGAAUUGCAGCAGGUAAAAGCAGCCUGGAUGUGCUGGGUUUGGGAAGUGGUGGAGGUCAGGUAGAUGUCCAAAUAUUGACAUUGCUCCAGUCCAUAUUGCCUGGUAUUCAAAUUACUUCAGAUGUAGUGGAGGGCAGUAUUAAGCUCACUGACAACUUUAAAGCGCUGGUAGCUAAGACUGCCAACCUUAAGAAUGUCCAGUUCCACUGGCACAUCAUGUCAAGUGAGGACUAUGAGAAGCAAGUCAAAGCAGUGGAGCACGUGAAGAAGUUUGACUUAAUCCACAUGAUUCAGAUGAUCUAUUAUGUGGGUGACUUGGCAGCAACAAUUCAGUUCUACCAUGGGCUUUUGAAAAAGAAUGGACGACUCAUGAUCAUUGUUGAAACAGCUAACGGAGGCUGGGACACUCUGUGGAAGACCCAUAAGAAUGAUCUAUGCACUCACACAAUCACUGAGUACCGCUCAUCUGGAGAGGUGAAGGCCUGUCUUGACAAACUGGGCCUAAAAUACGAUGAGCACCCAGUUCCUAACACCUUUGACAUCUCGGAGUGCUUCAACCCAAAGAGUAAACUUGGCUGUGAUCUGCUCAACUUCAUGACAGCCAAAGACGACUUCCAUGCGUCCUUCACCCCAGAAAUCAGGGAGGCCAUCUUGAACGUGCUAAAGAACAAAUGCAGCACUCAGAAAGAUGGGAAGAUAAUGUUCAACAGCAACCUAAGCUGCAUACUCAUCCAUGCAUAAGUCUACUGCGAAGAUACAGAAAGGAAGCUUUAUUGCAUACUAUUAACUUUUAGUUUUCUUACAAAUAGCACUAUCUAAUACAGUUAAGUACUAUUUUUAUGUAAUCAGCUAAUGCACUCAAAGAAGCAUAUGAUUUAGCUAGGCUUGUUAUGAUAUGUUGAUAUCAUUGUUCAGAGUAGCUGCACGCUUACCACACGUUUGUGACUGACUUCCACUCAAAUAGCCAACAGAUGUUGUGUUUUGUUUUUAUGGUUAUGAAAUUGAAUAAAAUUAGACUGCAUUUAAAGG